UACCAAGUAGGAUAUUGGUAGAAGCUCUGACCACGGUAGCGUGCGUGAUCAAGUCGCUACCGCCUUGCUCUCUGUGCGCUCUACAUCAUGGACCCGAAUGAUCCAGGGGGUCUACGCGCGCGUCCUUCGACUAGCGCCCGAAAAACUGGUGGUAGGUCUCACCAGGCGGCACCAGUCGUCAAUGCACCAGCGCCAGUGCCGAGCACUACUGCAAGGAAGGAAGGUCGUCCUGGUGUGGCACCCCCGCCUGUACGUAUGGCUCCACCAGUAAGGCGUCCGCCUGGGAUGGCUACCAAGAUAGUGGCACAACCACCCGGACAGCUAGGGCGUCCUCGUGCAGACAGGGCACGACAACCACCAGCUGUAAAGACCACAGCGCGGAAGCAGAGUGCGCCCGCACCGCCGAAUCGCGGACAGCCCAAUUUAUCAGCCGUCGCGCCGGCGCAGGCUCCUGGGCACAGGACGACAAAGACAAUUUUGUUGCCCCCUUGGCUAGACGAUACCAAUGUGUCCCUGGGCAACCGGCGUCGCCGUGAUGCAGACGACAUUGGUGGGCGGAUGGGGCCUCGGAUGGGCAUCUCCAAUGCCCUAAUCGGAGGACAUCGCCGCGUACAGGCGGGCCCAGCGAUGAACCAUCCAUUCAGGCGUCAAGGUCAACAAGUUCCAGGAAACAACGGCUACUUUAUCGGGGAGAAUCUGACCGUCCGAGUUACUGGAAGCGACGAAGCGCAAAACGACCGUGACGAUGGUGGUGAUUAUGGAAGGUACCGGCCCCAGCAAGCGACGAAGGGUGCACGCAAGCAAGUGAGCAAUCCAAUCGUCUCGGGCAAGGCCGCGCGUAAGACUGCCGGUGGGGAGGUACCUUCGCAUGCCAAGGCCGCUCGAAAGUCCCAGAUACUAGUAGAACCCGACGACGUGAUCGACAUAUCCGACUCGGACGACGACGGCAUUGACCAACUAGCCAGUGCGCUCGAUGCACUAACGCUCGCACCGUCGCGCCUCCAGGAAUUCAGGCAGCUCCCGUUCCUUCGGCGUAAUCUAUGUCAAGGAUACAAGCAUCACUGUAAGAAAGCAGGUAUCAAUACUGCUGAAAAGAUUCCGCCGACAGGACCGGUCAGUGUCAUCUACAGGUACGACUGGGACGAUGGCGCAGCAUCAGGGAACGAAUCAGACCAUAUCUACGAAGAGUGGCAGGGAAGCAUGGUGACAUGGUCCUGUCCGCUCUGCCGCUUGCAUGGCCACUUCGAUACCCGCGAGAUGCUCGCAUACCAUCUUCGACGCGAUCACAACGAAGUCAAAGUCUGUGGGACCAGAUCAAGAAACGUGAGGUCAGGCACAACCUGGCAAGUUGUGCUCACAAUUCCCGACGCAGAGGAUGAUUCGAGAAGCUCGGUCGAUGAGGGUCACAGCACUGACUCGGAUGAUGCGAGUGAUGUCCCGCAAGCCGUCGCAACUCCGGAAAGUCUGUCUCCGUCUCCCGUCCCAAUGUCCCCCAUAGUCGCACCUCAGCCACAGGUCCAGGAAGCGGACGAACAACUCGCGCCACAACUUCCCAUACCUCCUGAGGUCGUUGACGAAGUUCCUCCAGCGCGGCCGCUCUCGCCCAUGCUCAUCCCAAAAAAAGCGUUUCGCGCUCCAUCCCCAACGCCGUCCACCAGCGCACAAGCAACCACGCGGACGCGUUCAACGACCGGCCUUCCACGGAGACACCACACGGUAUCUACGAGGGGCUCCCUGCCUGCCCGCUACCCCUCGCCUCCGCCUCGCUCCGAACCUCUCGGCCCCGCAGCGCAGUACCCGUACAUACCGGAAGGCGACUACUCGUGCCGCCCUGGCGGCCCGAAGGUAUAUGAUCUGCUGAACACGAUGCCGCUCGAGCAGUAUGGUGUCCUCUCGUGGAUGAUUGUGGAUAGGGAGGAGGAGCUGUUCGAGCUCGACGAUGUCCGGGACGAGGACAAGGUGAUGAUGGCGCUGUGGAACCGCUGGAUCAUGUUGAACCGGCCCGACUUCAUCUUCAAGGGCUAUUCAAGGGCGUCCUUGCGUUCGUAGACGAGCACUGGCGGAUGAUCCACCGUGCGGCGGGUUGGGGGGCUUUACGGGCGUUUCUCCUCGUACGUAUGUUCACCGUCGUGCGUUCCAGUUAAGCUGAUCAUAUAUACCACGAGUGAAGAUGCUCGUGGCGAACAAAUUCUUGACUGCUGCCGAGGUCGUCAAGGUCUUGA